AUGUCUUUGAUAUCUUCGUUCGUGGGUGUUCGGGACCAGGCCUCGCAGCAGCCAUUCGAGUGCUCCAUCUGUCAACGAGGAUUCACACGAAGGGAGAACCUCAAACGACACUCAUCGAUUCACCUACCCAACCCACAGAGCAAUAAGUUCCCAUGCGAAUGGUGCCCUGCUUCAUUCUCUCGUGGAGAUCUGCGGCAACGACAUGUAAAAAAGAAGCAUCUUGAUGCCGGGCAGAAACCACUCGGACGUCUUCAUCGGUCGAACAGUCGCCAAAAUGCGGCGUGGGAUAACGACGCUGCGUCGCAUGCCUCUUCCAGUGCAUCCCCGGCCACGAUACCGGAUAGUUGGCACUCUUCAUCCGGACAGAGAGACGAUGAGAUGGACCUAGUCCUUCAGCAGAGCAGCACUGUUGAGUCUUUUGAUGACGAGGAUUUUCGACACAAGAUGUCCGGCGCUGCCCAUGGUAUCGACCAGUCGAUUGCUCAGGUGAAGUGGUUUCCAACCCGCUCGCAGAUCUCAAAUGGGUAUAACCUAUACUUCGAAUAUGUCUCGCCGUUCAUACCUUUUCUCCACAGGCCGACAUUCGACGCAAGUCUUGUCGCUCCACACUUGACUCUCAGUAUGCUAAGCCUUGCAUACCAAUAUGGAGAGGACCCUGACCGUGAUGCAAUGUCCGGGACAGGAGCAGACCUAUCCUUGAGGUGUUUUGAGCAGGCUCGCAACUAUCUUGGACCCAUGGCACUUGCGAGCAACAAUCCAUCCGUGGACCUCAGCGUAGUUCAAUCACUGCUGAUGCUGCAACUUUGUGCCAUUCUAUACAUUUGUGGAGAUUACUCCUGUAUCGGCUUUGAGUUGCACCACCGCAUGGUCUCGUUUGCGCGUGCUGCGGGCUUGAUGCAACCUUCGAACACUGAGUCUACCACGACAGAGGAUCUCGAUUCUUUAUGGCACGAGUUCGCCGCAUCAGAAUCGCUGAAGCGUACGAUUUUGACAGCUCAUCAGGUGGACGCCUUGUGGUAUCAGUUUCUCUCCAUCCCUCGAUUGGUGUCGAACCCCGAAAUCAAACAUGACCUUCCUUGCCCGGCUGAAUGCUGGAUGGCAUCUUCUGCACAACAAUGGGCUCAUCGACAACUGGUCUUAGGUGCAGCGAAAGUGAAGUAUGGCGACGCUGUGAGGGCGUUUCUAGCUCCAAAUCCAGAGAUCGAUUCUCUUCCGAGCUUUGAUCCGUGCGGAGCCAUAAACAUUGCACAGUUCAUGCUUUCGAGUGCUAGGGAGCUCUCCGGUUGGACGAUAAUGACCGGAAGAUUGAGCCUGGAAAGAUUCGAGCCCCUCAAAUCGUCUUUGGUGGCACUGGAGCCCUUCGUACGAUCGAGUCCGACGUCCCAAUGCUGCCAAUCGAUAUCCUCGUUGGCGGCGUGGGAGAUGACGAUGAUCGAGCUACCUGUCUGGUGGAUAUCUCACACUAAUGGCGUCGUGUUGGGUAGUAUGGAUGUAUUCCUGGAGCACGCUACAUUCAUUGCCACCUCUUCAGAGUUCUGCUCUGAAUCUGAGACGGCACACUCGAUCAAGCCACAUAUCGAGUGGUUUCUUCGAUAUCUUGACAACGAUGUACUGCCUACGUCAGAGCCCCCGUGGUUGAUCUUGUAUGCAUAUAAGGCGUUCUUGAUCGCGUGGCAGCUUUUAGACCGCGGGCUUCCAAACGCAAUGGAAGCUGUCGGCGUAGAAGCAGGCAAUAGGGUCGAGGCGUUGCGAUGGGCGGAUGGAGUUUUCGGGCGAAGAAGACCUCGAAGACUUGUGGAAGUGAUCCUCAAAUGCUUGGGAGCUCUCAAUGGAUGA